AUGAGUUGGAAUCCAAGGAAGCAAAGAAUUGUAAGAGGCAGAGAUAAGAAGGAAGUAUAUUUCAGGUAUAUACAGUUUGGUGUAUAAUUCAAUUAAAGUCAAAGUGUACUAUGUGAGUGAAAAAAAUUUUAACACUUACUAUGUACAAAGUAUAAUGUUGAGGAUAUAAAUAGAAAAUUAAGACAAUCCCUACUUUCAAAGACGUCAUAUUAUAAUAAAGGGAGACAACACAUAUAAGAAAUUUGAGUAGUGGGGCAGAUGGAAAGGUCUAGGGUUACUUAGCAGCAAAAUAUGCAGUAAUUCAUUUUUUGUGUCUUUUCCAUUAAUUAAAUCAUUUCUACUUCUUCAGAUCUUGGGGCUUUGGGACUUCUGUGCCCAAUAGUGACAAUUUAGUCAGCAAAUGAUUAUAGUAAUGGUGAGUGCCGUGGGCCCCCUCCCCAUGCCAGUUGCUCCCCUUAAUGUUGACUUGGUGGUUGGGCUGGCAACAGGGUCAUGGUCUGAGGAUAUUGAGCUCAGGGUUGUGCGCUGUCUUCAUCCCAGCGCAGCGAGCGGGAGGCGUGGUAGGGGAUGUGGCGGAGUAGCGGUUUGACUCCCCUAGCACAUCCCUCAUCUUGUCUCUCCCGCGGGACAUUUUGAUGCUUCAGGCUGGCUCGCCAGCUCCAGUGAUGGCAGUUGGUGGUGGCAGGGGGUGGUGUCGGGGAUGAUAGGACCCCUCCCCACCUGAAUUCCUCCCCUGAGUGAUCGCUGUGGAGUCCGUCAAGAGCAGAGCUGUGGCCUGGGGAGUGAGUGCUGCUGUUCCCAGCGUUGGGUGUUUUGUUGUUGUUGUUUUCCAUAUUUGCCCGUCAAAGGCUACUUACCACGUGCAAGCCAGUGCCUGUGUUUGGCAUUGGAAAGGCACAAAGGCAUGGGAAGAUAGGCUGGAUCCAGUAUGUUAAGAUGUAGUGCUUGUUGUAGGGCUGUUUUGGUAGAUCCAUUCUCGUUGUGUAUCAAUGAAUCAAAGAAUCAAUCAAUAAGCAUUUAUUAGCAACAUAGCACACAUACUACGUGUCCAGAGUUGGUAGGCAUUAGAGAUGUUGCCCUUAAAGAUUCUACAUUCUGUCUUGAAAAAAACACAAGGACAAAUUUCCUGAACUCUCUCAAUCCCAUUUGCAAAAGGAUGAAGUCCUACUACUUAAAACGACACUUAGACUUUGUUUGGGUGUCUAGGUAACCUAUUAACCCGCCUCUCCUAUAAACAGGCUUCUAUUGGCUUACACUUCCACCAAUGCUCGAGUGCUUGAAUUUCCCGCCAGUUCUGGCGCCCGCUUUCAAACAGCCUCACAUUCGCAACCGUGAGUGAUUCUGCAACCUAGCUUGGAAAAAGUUGCAUCUGGGCCUCCAAGUCCCGCCCUCAAGCCAAUUUAGCCCCGCCCAUCUUCGGGCUUUCUGUUUGUCGAUUGCAGGAAUUCGCUGCUCCUCAAGCUUCUACUUCACUUCAGAGUCGGUUGUAACAAGGAAGCGGCGGUGAGGUUUGUGUUGUAGGAAGGGGGAGAGUUUGUGUAGUGUGGAGGGGCACAGCAGGAAAGUGUUCCCCAAUCAAGUGUUCCCGUCCCUCCCGCAGCUACGGCGGCGGCGGAGACCCCAGACCCGGAAGAACCAUGUCACUAGACUUUGGCAGUAUGGCUCUUCAGACUCAAAAUGAUGAGGAACAAUAUGAUCAAGAGGAUUAUGCCAGAGAGAAAGAGCUGCAGCAGUUAUUGACAGACCUUCCUCAUGAUAUGCUGGAUGAUGACCUCUCUUCUCCAGAGCUCAACCUUUCUGACUGUAGUGAGGAUGCCACAAUGGGACAAGAACAUCAGGUUCAAGAACCAGAAAGAAGCAGCUGGGAUAAACAUCAAGUACUGCCUAAAUCCCAAAGUGACUAUCAUGAUGUUCAGAGUUUAUAUCCUGAAGAAAAACAUGCCAAUGGUUGGGAAGACCUUCACAGAAACAAUGAAGAUACAUAUACUGGAUGCUAUAUUGAAGAAGUUCUUGAUGGAGUUGGAAGCAGUUAUGAUUCUUCAAAUGACUAUGAACAUGAUUUAUAUCAACUUCCUGAAAAUUUUAGGCCAUUUACCAAUGGUCAGAAGCAGGAAUUUAAUAACCAACCAACCAAAAUAAUAAAUUUUCCAGAUGGUCAAAGGGAACAUUUUCAGCAAUUUGGUACAACACACGUUUCUCCUAGUCAAGCUUUGGACUCUUAUAAAGUGACAUAUAAACCAUACCAAACCUCCAGCCAAAAUAAUGUCUCAUCUACCCAAGAAAGAACAAUAAGAAAUGAUGAGUUUGAAGAGAUGGAGCAAAAAUUUUUGGAGCCUGGUGAAACUUUAGAAAAUAUGCAAAUUGUGCAGCUUCAGGUUCUUAAUAAAGCAAAAGAGAGGCGACUGACUGAUUUGUGUGAGCAGCUAGAAGAGAGUGAACGACAAAUUAGAUAUCUGAAUCACCAGCUUGUGAUGUUAAAAGAUGAAAAGGAUGGCUUAGCAUUAAGUCUUCAAGAAUCACAGAACCUCCUUCAGAAAGGAAAAGAGAAAGAGAUACAGUUUGAAGGGCAAAUAAAAGCACUGGAAACCCAAAUUCAAACAUUAAAAACCAAUGAAGAACAGAUGAUUAAGAAAUCUAGAGUGAGUGAGGUGGCCAUGGAAAACCUAAGGCAGCAACUGUUAGAGCUUCAUCAUUCUGACUCUCUACAACGAGCUAAAGAGCAACAUGAGAAUAUUGUUUUAUGCCUCAGAAAGAAGUAUGAAGACCAAGUGACAGCUUUACAAAAGAAUUUGGAUGCUACAAAUGCUGCACUUCAAGAGCAGAAAGAUGUUUGUUGUCGUUUACAAGAUCAUGUGAAACAAGUGGAAAGAUCACAGGAAGAAAACAAGAUGGAAAAAACAGAAAUAAUCAAUAGAUUAACCAAGAAUCUGGAAGAGAGUCAAAAACAGUGUGCUUCUUUGCUGGAAACAGGAUCAGUACAAGAGGUGAAUCAAUUAAGGUUCCAGCUUCAGCAAGCCCAGAGUGCACACACUCUGAGUGACAACAUGAACAGGACUUUACAAGAAGAAUUAGCAGAAUUGAAAGAGGAAAUUUCUCUCUAUGAAUCUGCUGCAAAACUGGGAAUAUUUCCAGAUGAUCCAAAUGAAGAAAUGAAUGUAGAUCUUGCUGAAUCUUAUGUGAAUUUGGGUAUUAAAAAAGUCAACUGGAAAAAAUCAAAAUUUCACAGUACUAUGCAGAAACUAGACCCAAAUGAAGAGCCUUCCAAAGAUGAAAUCAUCUUGAGACUGAAAUCUGAAUUGCAACGUUUACUGACCAGCAACACAGUCAAGCGCCGCCUGGUUUCUCAGUUACAAAAUGAUCUCAAAGAUUGUCGUAGAAAACUAGAAGAUCUCAGUCAGCUGAAAAAAUCUCAAGAAAAAUGCGAACUUGAGACUAAAACAAACAAUGUGGAAAAAUCACCUAAUCGACUACGAUCUGAGUCUUCUGUUUGUGAUAAAGUAGUCAAAGAAGAUGUUCUACGACUUAAAAAUGAAAUUCUUACUUUACAACAGCAAAAUAAGGAACUUAAAGCAACUGAAGAAAAAUUGAAAAAUACAAACCGGGAUUUAUGUAGUCAAAUGAGACAAAUGGUACAAGAUUUUGACCAUGAUAAACAAGAAACAGUGGAUAGGUGUGAAAGAACUUUUCAACAACACCAUGAGGCUAUGAAGAACCAAAUUCGGGAGAGCCUUUUAGCAAAGCAUGCUCUAGAAAAACAACAACUUUUUGAAGUUUACGAAUCAAAUCGUUUGCAACUUAGAACUGACUUAGAUAAGGUGAAUAAAGAGAUGGCAGCCGUACAAGAAUGUUACCUGGCAGUUUGCAAAGAAAAAGAUAACCUGGAGGCCACCAUAAGGAAAUCUAUUGAGAAAGAGCAGCAGACUAAGGAAGAGAUGCUCAAGAAACAGCUUUUAGAAGAAAAGGAGGAGAAUCUAAACAAAAUCAAGGUAGAACUUGAAGAAAAACUCAAAUGUACCAUUACAACGGCAAAGAGCCAGUGGCUGAAAGAAAAAGAAACUGAUAUUAAACAGCAAAUUGAAAAUGAAGUUAUCUUAGCCAAAACACAGUGGGAGAACGAACAGAAAGAGAUCAAAGACAAAGUUAUUCAGCAGUUAGAAAGGGAGUGGCGGUUUAAACUGGAUCAAACUAUAAAAGAAAUGAAAAAGAAGACUUUUGAUUGUGGCAUCCAGACUGACCAAAUAAUCACCCCAGAUGUAAUUUCCAAGAAAGAGAUGGAAGCAAUGAUUGAAGAGCAGCAGUUGAAGAUUCAGCAAGAUGUAUUGCAAGAGAAGGAAACAGCUAUUAAAGAGGCUCUGAAAAAACAUGAAAAAGAGAUGGAGAUCCAAUACCAUGAAAAUAUUACCAAACAGGUAGAAGUAGCUGUGUUAAAUGCUCGUUCCCGAUGGCUGCAAGAACUUCCUGAGCUUGCAGAAUACAGAGCCAACUUAAAGGCUGAACAGAUGAAAUGGGAGGCAGAACAUGAGGUUUCCAUGGCCAAAAAGAUAUCACUUGCAAUUUUGGAAGCUAAAGAGAAAUGGAAGACAGAGCUUGGAAACACUGAAGAAAAUGUCAAAGAACUUGAAGCAAAAGUUUUUUCUCUCCAGAGGGAACUAGAAUUAAAAGAGGAAGAAAUCCCUGUGAUUGUCCGAGCUAAGUUGGCUCAGUCCCGAAGUGAAUGGAACAAAGAAAAACAAGAAGAAAUCCGUAAAAUUCAAGAACAAAAUGAGAAAGACUACAGGAAAUUUUUAGAUGACCAUCGAAAUAAAAUUAAUGAGGUGCUUGCAGCAGCGAAGGAAGAUUUUAUGAAACAAAAAACUGAACUAAUUCUUCAGAAAGAUGUUGAAUUACAGACAUGUCUAGAACAGAAGCAAAGAGAGUGGACAAUUCAGGAAGGCAAGCAUAUCCAGAUGGAGAUUCAUCAGUAUGAGGAGGAUAUUCUGACUGAUAUUGAGCUUCUUGUAGAGGAAAUUUAUGAAGAGCUUAGUGGAAUUGAAAACAAACAUCUUUUGAAAACCAAGUCUUGUUCUCCAAGACGACUAAAGACCCAAUAUUUUGAAAAACUAAGGGCCUGCAUACAGAUGGCUUUCAGAGGUACACUGUACCGACUUCUAGAAAAGAGUAAUCCUGAAUGGAUAACGAAAAAUGAAGUCGUCAUGAUCUCUGACACAAAGGAAACUGGAGACCAAGCAAUCCUUCCUGCUUACAGUGUUGGACACCAAAUGCAACUACAAAAAAUACUGAAACAACAGAGCUUCUCAUGUGAAAAAGCAACAGAGACUGUUUUUCAGUGUAGGAAAAUAGUCUUUGAACCUCAAGAAGAUUCUUGCUGUGAACAAUGCCUCCACAAGCUUGAAAAAGCAAAGCAGGAAUGUCAAGAUUUGAAAAAAAUGCUAGAGAAAUCAUGCAGACAUCUACAGCAUGCAGUAAGAGAACAUAAAGCUACAGUGGAGAAAAUUGGAGAAGAAAACAAUAGAGUUGUUGAAGAAUUAAUGGAAGAAAACAAUGAGAUGAAAAUGAAACUGGAAGAACUGAGGGCACUUAGCAUACCACCAAGAUCAUUUUCAGAAGGUGCUGUUGACCAUAGCUGCAUGAUAUGCAGUGGAAAGGGUUUGGAAGAACUUCGUGGACAUUACAUUAAAGCCGUAAAAAAAAUUAAGAGUGAUAUGAUUCGGUAUAUACAGGGAAGUAAAGAGAGAGCAGCUGAAUUGCUAAAAGCAGAACUAUUUAAAGAGCGGCAAGAGACUGCUCAGAGGAUGCGCAAAUACUACCUGGUUUGCCUGCAUCAACUUCUGCAGGACGAUGGAAAGCAGGAAGGGGCCGAGAAAAAAAUCAUGAAUGCUGCUAGCAAGCUUGCUACAAUGGCUAAAAUGCUGGAAACACCUGUUGUUAAUAAAGCCCAGAUCAAAAAUUCAUCAUCAGCAGUGUCUCGAUCAUCUGAGCUACUGCCUGGAAUUGAACAGUCAAAAAGAAAUUAUGUGAAUCUGAGUAGAGGAAGCCAUAUGGAAAACAAAUCAAGCAGCAGGAAUAAUAUCCCUAAGGCAGGCAGUGAGCAAGCCCUUCAGAAUUAUUUACCUUGUAACUUAAGACAACGGUUAGAAGAUACAGAACACAUGGAAACAAGGCAUGUUGCUUUCAGAGAAGCAUCUUCAGGCAUUCUGAGCAGUGUGACUGCAUGCAAGCAGCAAGAUGAUUUGCCAAGAAAUAUGCAUCCUGAGUUUGUUUCUGGUGAAGGUGGAAAAAGCAAAACUGGCCUUCAUGUGCAAUGUGAAAAUGUACACAUACCUUCCCAGGCUCCUGGCCUUUCUGAUUCAGGAGCCAAUCAUGUAACAUUUCAAGGUCUAAAAGAAAAACGCUUUUUAAAAGAACGUAAAUGUAAUUCACAGACUGAGUGUAGUCAGCAGAUCAUAGCUGACAAAAAUCCGAAUUUUGAUAUUCGGGAAACUCCAGUAAAGGAUGAAGAAGGUGAAGGUACCAGUGAUUCCCUUGACUGGAGUUCAAAAAGUGUAACUCCUGAGGACUUAUGUAGCAAUGAUGCAUCGUUUUUACUUCCUUUGCAACAAGGGAUCCUGGAUAAACAAAUAGAAUCAGUUUCCUUCAUGCAAUUUCCAACAAAAGCUUGCCUUUCUAAUGCAGAAGAAAAAGCCAAUAAAUUUUGUAAACAAUUCUUAUGUCAAAGUGAUCACAUUCCUGUUGUCAAAAGAGAAGACAAACGAACUCAGACAGAGCAGGUAAAUAAGCCUUCUGGGCAGGUAUCUCACCACACCUCUGAUAUACUGAAAUCAGACUUCAAAAAACUGAACAGUGCAGUUCGUUCUUCAGCAUUUCUUCAGCAUUCAAGAAAAUUGUUACUGGCUCCCCAAACUAGUCAGCAGGAUAGUGGCUUUGACAGCCCAAUGACCAAUCUAGAUUAAUUGUUCUUGUACAGUGUUUAAGAAGAUACGCUAAUAUAUUUAGAAGAGAACUGAAAGGGAAAAUUUGUACUGAAAAAAAAAAUUGAGCUCUGUCUAUUUUGGGAUGUUUUAAUAACAUCUGGCUGUUAUAUGAGUAAAGUAAUCUCAUAAAAUUACUUGAAAUAUUUAUGUUGCCUUAAUCUUCCAAAUUUUAUGAUAAUUGUAUGUUUUGGUCUUUUUAUGUAUUGUUUAUUUUUGAUUGCUAAACAGAAUCUAUUUUUAUACCUAUAAAUUAGUUUGCUGUGCAGUGUUAAAUUAUUUUAUAUUUAAAUAAAACUAUAUAUGGCCCCUAUUAGAAUUGUUAUAGAUUAUUUUGUAAUUCACACUGUAAUAGAAAUGUUUAGCAUCAUGGUUGGAAAAUUUUCUUGAAGAGUUUAAUAUAAAUUUAAUCAUUUGUAAAUAUGGGAAACAAAAUUUAAUUUUAAUACUGAUUGAAUUUUUACAUGGUUUUUAGACUUGCUGUGAGAAUGCAGUUUUCUUUGCAAAAUCUCAAAACUUAUUUUGUUUCAAGUAAAAAAAAAAGGUUUUUUUUAUGUACUACAUAUAUUGCAAAGUACAAUAUUUUAUGGUUUUACUAUUUAAAGUAUCACUUAGAUUUUCAAGUUGAUAUUUGCAUAAUUUCACAACUCCUACAAUCCCACAGAAAAACAAAGAGUUCUCUAUCAGAGUGCUUCACUUUCUCCUCUCAAGAUGCUUUGUAUGCAAGUCAGCAUUAUUUCAUUAGGCAUUUCUUCCAUUUUUAAUAUGUAAUGGACUGUGUUCUACUAUAUUUUUGUAAACUAGUUGACUUAUUCUAUUUUUUUAAUAAAAGGUACAUAGUUUAUUCAUGUCACAAA